UCCAUUCACUUGCUUCUCCCCGUUUAUUUAUUGACUCAUUUCCACCUCUUCCUUUUUGUCUCUCUAUCUCUCUGUUCCAAAUAUUUUUUCAAGUCCCUCUUUUUCCGUCCUUUCAUACACCUACUGCUAUUGCAGGUUCUUCUUCUAAGUACUGUGACACAAUAUUAUUACGGUACUAAAAAUUAUUCUGUUGUUGGUUGGGGAUCAUGGUGGCUGAAGUUAGCACUUUGAUAAGGAUAAUGAACCGUGGUGGUAGGAGUGACAUGAAUGAAUCAUCAUCAUCAUCAAAAUCGACAGCCCUGAUCACUAGAGACUUGCUUGGUGGAUGUUGCACCCUUGAUUCUAAGGAGUUGGACCUUGACUUGCAGGUUCCCUCUGGCUGGGAAAAGCGCCUCGAUUUGAAGUCAGGUAAAGUGUAUCUACAGAGGAGCAAUUCUUCGAAUUAUUCCUCGUCAACAACUUUGGAAUAUAGCAACUAUCAAACAGUUAACGCUCCAGCUACAAAGUUACCGCUCAGUCUCUUUGAGGACACUAAGCUAGACCUAAAACCACCAUCAUCAUCAUCACCAUCAUCAUCAGCUGGUAAUUAUCAUAGUGUAUGCACCCUUGAAAAAGUGAAAUCUGCUUUAGAAAGGGCAGAGAAGCAAUCAACGAGGAAGCGCAGCUCCAUAUCAUCAUCAUCAUUCAUGUCUAUGUCAUCAUCAGCAGUUAUGUCCAUGUCAUCAUCAUCUGCCAAUUCAAAUUCCUCAAUAUCAUCAAUCAAUGUUGACGAAGACACUAAUGGCUCAUUUGCUGCUGGUUGUCCAAGUUGUCUGCUUUACGUGUUGAUAUCAAGGACCAAUCCUAGAUGCCCUCGAUGCAAUACAAUUGUUCCACUAUUACCUCAUGUCAGCAUGAAGAAACCUCGUAUUGACCUUAACAUAUCCAUUUAAAAGUCAUGAAACAAGUACAUGUGAAGAGAACUACCUAGUCUUUUUGUAAAGAUAGAGAUACAUAGUCUUGUAUGUUACAGAACAUAUUAUAUCUAUAUACUACUACAAAUGUUGCAAAAGAUUCGAUAUAAAUUGACUGGCCUAUAUUAAAAAAUCUUUUGAUGUCGAUAUAUAUUUUUGUAUGCUUGAUCAUUAA